UGUGUCUGUAGGUCAAGCCAGAGACGGAGCUCGAGGAGAUGACACACGUGAACGAGCCGGCUAUGAAAGCAGUGCUCGUGGUCCAUGGGGGAGCCUGGGCCAUCCCUGACAGCAUAUCGGUGGCGAGCGUCGAGGGGGUGAAGGCUGCUGCUCUGAGUGGCUUCUUGGUUAUGAAAAAAGGCGGGACUGCUCUGGACGCUGUGGAAACAGCUGUCAAAGCUAUGGAGGAUGACCCGGUGUUUGACGCGGGACACGGCGCUGUGCUGAAUACUGAUGGCGAAGUGGAGCUGGAUGCCAUCGUCAUGGAUGGCAGGACUCUCGCAGCUGGAGCAGUGUCCUCCGUCAGGAACAUCGCCAACCCAGUGACGCUCGCCCGCGCAGUGAUGGAAAAGACAGACCAUGUCAUGUUGACAGACAGAGGGGCUAACCACUUUGCAGACAGCAUCGGCAUACCCAAAGUGCACACCGAUGCGCUUGUGACAGAUGAUGAGAGAAAGGAGUGGCAUCGCUACAAGAUGUACUCGCUUGGAGUCAAGGAUCUCUUCAACUCACAGUGGGCUCAUGAUACGGUUGGAGCAGUUGCUUUGGACUGUUAUGGUAAUGUGGCCUGUGCAACUUCCACUGGAGGAAUCCGAAACAAAAUGGUGGGCAGAGUGGGAGACUCGCCAAUAAUCGGAUGUGGUGGGUAUGCAGAUAAUCAUAGUGGCGCUGUCUCCUGCACCGGCCAUGGAGAGUCCAUAAUGAAAGUGACUUUGGCCAGCCGUGUCAUCUUCCACAUGGAGCAAGGAAAGGUGCCUUCCGAGGCUGUGAAAUCCUGUCUGCAGUACAUGGGUGAGCGAGUCCAAGGUGGAGGUGGGGUAAUCGCAGUGGCCAGAACCGGAGACUGGGCAGCAGAGUUCACCACCGAGCGCAUGGCCUGGGCAGCGGUGGACGGAGAGGUGCUUUGGUAUGGUCUCAACCCAGAGGAAAUGUUCCAGGAAAAACUUCCACAGUAG